GACGAAACGAAACGAAACACAAAUGGACGCCAUCUUGAGUUGUGCGCGUAGCUGUAUACAGUUUACCUUUCGGCAUUCUUGAUGCUUUUCUGAUUUUCCACGUCUGGAAUGGGAAAUUCGACGCGAUUUCCACUCGAAAAUAAUCCUUGUGUAUCGUACAAAUCAGGAACGUAAACAAAAUUAAACGCGGUUUUCGGUGGGGCGAAGCGUUCUACAGUUGACAGAGACCGGUAGCCCCCUGGAAAAAUGUUUUAUUCACACUUUAUAUUGGCCAAAAAGGGCCCCCUGGCUCGGAUUUGGCUGGCCGCUCACUGGGACAAAAAGAUCACCAAAGCCCAUGUAUUUGAGACUAAUAUUGAAACUUCUGUUGAUGGCAUUAUAAAACCAAAAGUCAAACUUGCUUUGAGAACAUCAGGCCACUUACUGCUCGGAGUAGUGAGAAUCUACUCCCGUAAAGCCAAGUACCUGCUAGCUGAUUGCAAUGAAGCCUUUGUCAAAAUCAAGAUGGCCUUUAGGCCAGGCAUGGUUGAUUUGCCGGAAGAACACAGAGAAGCUGCCGUUAAUGCUAUUACUUUACCAGAGGUGUUUCAUGAUUUUGAUACUGCUAUUCCUGAGUUAAAUGAUGUAGACAUUGAAGCUCAAUUCAGCAUAAACCAAACCAGGGCAGAAGAGAUCACCAUGAGGGAAGAAUAUGGCAGUAUUUCAUUGGUCAGCCAUGAUGAUGGCUUUGGUGAUAUGGGUUUUGAUUCAGAUGCCCCUGAUUUGAUGAGGCAUGCCAAUGAUUUGGAACCAUCCAUGGAACAAAGCAAUUUGCUAUUCAGCGAACCAGUUCUAGAACGUGAUUCCAUGCAUAAAGACGUGAGCGAACCGAUGCCGUCGACGUCCGCCCUACAACCACAUGAGCAACCAAUGGAAAUCGAUACGGGCGUACAAGAUGAACAUUUGAUUUCUGGGGGUUUGUUUGAAGGAGGUUUGUUUGACGAAGCUCCAAUAGGUGAAGUUCCUCCGGUAGAUGCAAGUAUUCCUGUGCCCAGUACGGAUCUGCCUCCACCGCCUCCCGCAGAAAGUGACGACGAUGACUUUGGAGGAGAUAACUUUGGUGGGCCCCCUUCAGUUGGAGACAGUUCUGGUGGAUCCAGGCCCCCAACCCCAUUGGAAGACCAUCCUUUGACAUCGGAGCCGCCUUCGACGAGGGUACCACCAUCUCCUUCUAUUCCCCCACCAUCUCCUGUACCGAGUAUGAGGAGUGCUCAACCAACACCGGCACCUAUUGAGACUGCACCACCUGAAGAACCAGCAGCAACAGAUCAGACGACCCUAUUACAAAACGAGGAAGAAAGCUUCGCUUUACCACCCGUUGACACGACCAUCUUAAAAGAUAUGUACUUUUUAGGCAUCACCAAGUCAAAAAGAAAGAGAAAGUUGAUCAUCGACGAGGUGAAAAAUAUUAGUGGGGAAGAGAUGAAGAAUCAGUUAAGUGAUACUAGUGAUAUAGUUACAAGCUUGGAUUUGGCACCUCCAACAAAAAGACUGAUGCAUUGGAAGGAGACGGGAGGUGUUGAAAAACUGUUCGCUCUACCGGCAAGAUCUAUCCCUGCUCGGUUAUUAUUUAAGAUUUACCAGCGACAUUUAACACUAAAACCAAUCAGAACCGAAGAUUUCGCUAUGUUGGGCGACUCUGACUCUUUAACCCUUGACCAACCGAGGGACCAUGAUGAACCCAGUAUGGAACCAACACCCGCCACACCAGCGAGGCGAGGUAGAAAACGAAAAAAUGUUAUCGAAGAACCGAAUCAAACGCCUUUACACGUGCCGGAAGAGAUUCAUGCUCCUCCAUCUUUUUAUCAGCCUUCUCCGGAUCGGUCUUUACCACCGAGCACUCCCAUACCUCAAAGGUCGCCCCUUUUACCUCCGGGUACGCCUUUGCCGCAACCUGGAACUCCUGUGCAUAUGCCUCCAGGUACACCAAUACAUCCCCCAGGUACCCCAAUGCAUCCCUCCCAAUAUGGUUUACCACCGGGCAUUCCUAGCGCCUACAUUCCCCCACCGACUCCAGGGUAUGUAGGUUCCGGGUACCCGGACACGUCCGCCGGAAUGGCGGGACAAACGCCUCUACAUAUGCCCGGCCAGACGCCGUUACAUAUGCCCGAAGAAAUGCCGCAUUUGGCACUGGAUCAAGUCCAGUCCAUUUUGCAGCAACAGGAGAGUUUAAGUCUUCCACACAUGACACCCCAAGCUCAUCCGGACGAUCUCCUGGCUCACCAACAAAUGGGGUUACAACCACCACCAAUUGCUUUACCGCCUCAAUAUGGUUUGGACCAGCAGCAAAUGCUUGGUGCGCCUAUGCCAGGUAUGCCCUCGAGUUCUUUAGGAAUCUCACCGGAACUAGCAGCUCAACAACAGCACUUGAUGGGACAAGAACAGAUGGGUAUGCCUUCGGAUGCGUCUUCGAGGCUACAACAGCCCGACCUGGGCAUGAGGCCGCCAAUAUCAGAACGAUCGCUGGAGAUGGAAAAUAUGGGAUAUGACCAUGACGGGAUGGAUAAUAUGGGAUAUGAAGGCCAGCUUCCGCAUGAAACUCCCCAUGCUGGUAUGUCUGAGAGAGUGCCGUCACCUUGGACCGGUGGGGACUAUGACAUUCCUGCUUCUGCUGAACCGUCUGAAGAGCAACAAGUAGACGAAACAGACGAACAAUUCGAAGAGCGUGUCCUCAACAAGCGAGCUUAUCAGCUCUUCCUGAUGGUGAGAAAUCGUUUCCACGACAAACAACAAAUAACUUUGAGCGAACUAUGUCAUCGAAACAAACGGAAACAGGCCGCGCAAAAAUUCUACAGUUUACUCGUGCUCAAAAAGUUCCAAGUGUUAGAACUGGAACAGGACGGAGCGUAUGCGGAAAUUAUUGUGUCGAAAGGACCCAAGUUCGAGAACCCUGUUAUCUAAAUACGGUUUGAAGGUAAUGAACUUUUUUUGUUGUUGAAAAUCUAUUUAUGGAUUAUUUGCAUGGGUGAAACUUUAUUUGAAACAUAUAAGAUCUCAUCCUAAGCCGCUUUUUAUUUAUUUAUAUACAUAUAUAUUUUAUUCAAUUAGGGUUGGUUUCAGAUAAAGUUUUAUGCUGCUGUUUUAAAAAAUAAAUAUAUUUUUUGCUUUUACUUUAUUAUAUUAGUUGUACGACUAACGAAUUUAUGUAAUACGUUUAGGGGGUUAUCUUUAUACAUUUUAAGUUUUUGCAAGGUUAAUAUUUUUUGACUUCUAAAAAAUCGGCGAAAUAGUGUUUUAAGUUAAUUAAAUUUUAAAAUACUUAAAAGCAUAUCCGAUAAGAAAAUGUUAUUUCCUUGCCCAAAUCCCUUUUUACAUUAUGGGUGGUCAAUGGUUUUGCGGCAUAUCUCUUAAAUCAACUUUUUCAUCACCCAUUUUUUUUUUAGUGAAUAAUGUACAUACAAAAAAAUUAUCUAUUUUAAAUACGGUUGUAGUUGUGUAUCUAUGUAAGAUAACUUUUAUUAUAAGCAGAGCUUUGUUAUUAUCAAAACGAAUUAUGGCUAGUUUAAUAAAAAAAAAGAGUAAAAAACAAGGGAACAAAAAUUAAUUUAUGUCUUCUUUUUUUUUGACGAAAUGUUUUUUAGAACAGAGUUUCGUUGGAAAAAUAAAAUCAGCGUGUUUAAAAAAUUGUUAAAGCACCCUGUAAAUAAGAAUUCACUGUAAAGUUUCUCUUUUACGUUUUUUUUUACACCAAAGUUAGGUAUUUAUGUGUAUAACACAUUUUUGUAUAAUAACUUUAUAAUUUGAAUGUAUGGAGAAUGAAAAAAGUAUCAAAGUGGUGCGUUUUAGAUCCUCUCUUAUUUUUUUUUGUUCACUUUGGCACUUUUUAAUAGAGAUUUUGUACGAGAACUUUCGGGUUUCAAAAUUAUAGUACAAAUUUGUAUAUUUUAAGGAAAAUCUAUUUGGUACUUUUUUAGAUAACGAUAUCAAGGUAGCGCCGACAAAAUUUGGUUUGUUUGUUAACUUUGGGCCUCGAUUUAUUAGGUUUUGUUAGUAGUACCAAACAUUUUCAAGUAAAAUAUGACGUCUUCUAAUAGUAUACCAGGAGUGAACGAUAUUACUGUGGUGGGUAUGUUUUGACAUAAAAUUUCUAGUGGUAUUCAACAAUUGAGGACCGUUUUUUCAAAACUCGCUUUGUUCAAAUUUCAAAUUUUACAGGAAGCGUUAUUUUUUGAUUAUAUAGUCUUUUUGAUUGUUUGAUUAUGUAACAUACAAUUUUUUUUUUAAACAAUUAAACAUGCCAAAACUUACUUUAUCCAAUUUUAUUCAAACAAAUAAUCAUAUUUUAAUCCUUAAUUCAAAACUGAAAAUAUUUAUUAUUAAAAAUUUUUUUCAUUAUCUUUAUAUUAUCAUUAUCUUUUUCAUUAUUUAUUUCAUUUCUUAUUCAUUCUGGAUUUCGUAUUGAUUCUCACCCUCUAGCAAGUGGUCAGCUUCGGUAAGGUUUUCAUUAGUUGUCCCUAGAAGAGUCCCUCCCAGAGCUCCUUGUAAAAAUCGUCUUCAGCAUUUUCAACGUACUUUAUUAUUUUACGUAUAUCUGCUAUUUUUACCUCUUUAACAUGAUUUGUCUUUAGAAUCUCCAAUGCUUUGUCUAAUAACUUUAAGGUCUUCACCCCUUUUUUAAAUAUUUCUACUUCUGUAGCACAUCCAGUAUAUGUGGAUUUAACGUUCACAUUUACCUUUCCUCCUUCUUUGCGGUAUUCUAUUAUUCUACAUUGUGUCAUAUUAAAUGAAAGUUUGGGUAUUAUUAGCUUCUUAGACUCAGUUUUAUAAUCAUAAGUUUUCCAAUGCUCCCCCCACUUCUUUACGUGUCCAUGUUUACUUAGAACGUCAUAAUAUUGAGCAGGUGUUUCUAUGCUUUCGACCUUACGAAAUUCUCUUUCUAUUCUCCCAAAAACCCUAUCUGGGGGGCAUGUAGCUGUGACCGCGAAUUAGAUAAAUUUGCUGUAUUUUGAAAAAAACUUUCGAUUUUUCAAGAAAUCUAUAUAAAGCUGCUAUCAGUAUGGAGUUCUUAUUUUGCGCCGCACAAGAAUCAGAGAAAAGACGAAGUGCCUUAGGCUCCCAUUCUCUUUCCUCUUUAAUUAUUUUUUGUUCCAAAAUUUGCAGAUAAUUUAAUAACGCAGAAGCUACUUCGUUAGCUCCUUUUCCAGCUUUUGUCUCUAGCCAUGUGUACAGCGAUACUUUAUUUUUAUCUAUUGGAGUGUUAUUAGUCAUAAUGCAGAGAUUAUAAAGCCACACUUGCCUUAAGUAAAAAACCUCUCCUAUGGAUAGUUUUGGUUUGGGUUGGUUUUGCUGCAUAUCAAAAGUGAUGUAAAUUUCAUUUUCAUUUUUUUGUUUCAUUAACUCAAAGAAUCUUUUUGCACGCAGUUUGUGGGUCUUAACCUGGUUCUAAUAUCAUUUCUCUUUUCCAAAUCUUUUUCCACUUUCACUUUAAUCAAUAGUUUCUUGCAAAUUGAACAAGUGUCCUGUGAGGAGAGCCAAAUCCAAGAUUAAAUUGCCCAUAGAAAACUUUUUUAAAUUUACUCAUGGAGCAUGUUUUUUUUUUUAGUAUAUUGCUCCUUACAGAAACGUUCGUAUAUUUUGGACCAAUUUAACUCAGGUGGCAGGUAAGCUCGGGUGCAUUUCUUGCGACUAUAAUGACUAUCCCUAAACUUAUAUUUUUUUAUGUGAUUAAUCACAUCUGCAGUCACCUUCCUAUCAUCCUCUUUGGUUGUGUUACCCCCUCUUUGUUGUUUGGGUGUUUGGCCAGUUUCCACAAACAGACGAGCUAUUUGUGCAAGCCGGUCCCUCGAUACACCUAAAUGAAAUAAAACGUUAUUAAAUACAGUUAUUAUUGCGUGGAUAGAAAGGAUAGUACCUGUAAUCGACUAAAACGAUUUUGCACAAAUCUGCAGUGGUUCAUUACUACUCGUUUUUCUGAUUUCGUACCUAACGGAUACAUUUUUGGGACAUCGUACGGUAUCACGGUGCCGCUUUGGUGCACUAACCUUCAUAUACUUGAGCAAAAAUGCAUUCUGCGAUUCUUUGGUACUAUUUAGAUACAAAAGCUUCCGAAAAUCUAAAAAAAAAUAAAACUAAAAUAAGGCACUACUUUACAUAUAGAAUAAAAACAAAGUACCUUCCAAAUCUUCGAGUGUCAGCAUUGCUACUGAACAGUAGUGCUUCUUAUUUAACUGUUCAGCAUGUGAGCACACAAUAUCCAAUACUCCCGCGUUCGCUUCCGUGUAUCGAGUUGAUUUUUUCCGCGGAAUUUUUGGUUUGCGUCCUCCAGGCACUUCUACGACAUUCGUUAAAUAUUCAGACAUUUUUAAACUGCGAAACACGUGUGCAUCGGCUUGCUAUUUAUACUAAACUAAGAUCAAAAUAAACGAUUAUUAAACGAACCACGAAAUGUAAAUAUAUAAUGAAUCAAGCUCUAUUUAUGUAUAUAUUUACCAAUAUGUACCGGAUAAAGCGUGUUUUGAUACAGUAGUGGCAAAAGUAGAGCAACUUCUUUAUUUUAAACAAAUCUAUUUUAUUUAGUAAGAAAAUACAAUCAUAUUGGAAAUAUAAUACCAAUAAGAUCUAAGCAUUAUAAAUCUAUCAACAACUUAACUUAAUAUUCUUUGUUUAUAUUUUUUAUGUACAAAAAUUAAUUCUGGGGCGGAAAAAAGUAGACCAACUUUUUAAGAAUUGAUGUUUUUCUUUUAGUAAAAACUGAAAUACAAUUACAAUUUUAGUAUUUUGUAAAAUAUCCAUCGUUUUUGAUAACUUCCUCACAACGGUGGCGCAUAGAUUGCAGUAACCUAGAAAUUAUUACUGGGUCCAUAUUAAUCCAAGCUUUGUGUAAUGCAUUGAACAAUUCGUCCUUAUUUUUGUAAGUUUUCCCCUUUAUUUUCCUAUCCAAAAUUUCCCAUAGGUUCUCGAUGGGGUUUAAAUCUGGUGAUUGACUUGGCCAGUCCAUUACUUGAAUAUAUUGCUGUCUAAACCAAGCCUUUACAUAUUUAGAAGAAUGCUUUGGAUCAUUGUCCUGCUGAAAAAUGUGCCUAAGGGGCAUUUUCUCGUCUGCAUAUGGAACCAUUUCAUUUUCCAGAAUAUCUUUGUACAUAAAUCUAUCCAUUAUCCCAUCAAUUUUAUGAAGUGGCUCCAUUCCGAAACCGGAAAAGCAGCCCCACACCAUAACUGAUCCACCACCAUGUUUUACUGUUGGACAAGUGUAUCUGGGAUUUAACCUUUGGUUUGCAGGACGUCGAACAUAUGCUAUUCCAUCACUUCGAAACAAAUUAAACUUUGAUUCGUCGCUGAAUAUUAUCUUUUUCCAGUCAUUAAUUGUCCAGUGCAAAUGAGAUCGAGCAAAAAGAAGACGGGAUCGUCUGUUUUUUGCAGAUAAUAAGGGCUUUUUUGCUGGACGUCUUGCAAAUAAUUUCGCCUCGCAUAAUCUACUUCUUAUUGUCCUUGAAGAUACCUGAACGCCUAAAUCUUCUGAUAAACGCUGCUUUAUUUUACUUGAACCCAAAAAUGGAUCACUCUGAGAUAUUUUUAAAAUUUGUUUAUCUUGAUAUUUAUCGGUUUUUCUUGGUCUUCUUGUUUUUUUUCUAGGUAAAACAUGUCCAUGCUUCACAUAACGUGAAAUUAUUCGCGAUACUAUAGAUUUAUUCAAACUAAACCUUCUUGCAAUAUUGAUUCGUUUUUCACCAUUUUUGUGACAGUCUAUAAUUCGUGUUUUUAAAUCAACGGAUAAAGGCCGUCCUCUAGGCAUUGUAAACUAACUUUGCUUUUAAUGCAACCGGUAAACAGCUGGAAUUAAACUAAUAUUAUUCGAUUUGUAAGUUCUAAGAAAAAUGUUGCUCUACUUUUUGCCAGGUACGCAAAUUCUUAUCUGAUUUAAGACUACCUACUUGACCAAAAGUAUUGUGGAUAAAUGUCAUUGUUAUUCCUUUGUUAGUUGUCAAGAAAUUUUAUUUUUUUUAAAGUUGCUCUACUUUCUGCCACUACUGUAUAUCCUAUGGUUGGGAUUAAGCGAAUUCUGCAAAACUUAUGAAACAAAGCCAGUUUUGCAAAAACCGACUUCUUCAAACAAUGAGGAAGGUCGAAAUUAUGUAGAAACGAUAUAAAACUCAAGUUUGCAUAAUUUGGACAAAGCGAGUUUUGAAAAAACGGUCCUCAAUUGUAUGACGAAAUAUUUUUUUAAAUAUUUUUUAAUAUUUUUACAUUUUCCUAAGUUAUUUGACGGAUUUAUUUCUUGGCCAAUAUACAUCCAUCGUUCACACUAGGUACAAAAUUAUACAGAUGAUUGGUAUAAACAUGCAUUUUAUAAAUUUUUUAGAAUAAGGUUUUUAGUUAUAUAAUCUUAAUAACUAAAAAUCUCGAUUCUAAGUUUUGCGUGAUUUAAAAUCAACCCUAUUUUAAUUUUUUGAUUUAGUUGAAAAUGGGGCCAAAUAAAACACCAAGUCUUUAAAAAUUUUCUUUAAGCCAAUGUUUCGACCUAUAUUAGGCCUUCUUCAUGACUCUACAACAAUUCAUAACAAUAAAAUUCAAAUAUCUAAUUGAUUGUCCCUAUUAUCACUUAACAAUCACAAUUAAAAACUAAUAGAAAAAUUGAUUAGUUAAAAUUUUUAAAAUUGGUGAAUUAAAAUAAAGAAUAAGUGGUUUGAGCCCUGAAGAAGGGCUAAUGUAGGUCAAAAUGAUGGCAUAAAGAAAAAAUUUAAAAGGUUUGGCUUCAUAUUAAUAAUCUAAGCUCAACCCAUCGAUUCCUAGGGAAUAAAUCAUUACUAGGUGGCUGUUUCCAGUAACUACUAUUUUAUAACUAAAACGUUACACUCAACAUUAACCAACCUUUCUAUGUUAUUGAUAACAUUUUGGAACUUCCAAUAAUCGAACAAAUACUAAGUGUCGGAUUAUUGGAGGUUCGAGUUAUCAAGGCUCUACUGUAUUAUCCUUUUAGUACUAAGAUUGUCCUGUUUGGCUUUUCAGAGAAAAACAAUCAUAUACAUAUUUUGAUAACAGUAAACAAUUCAUCGCCAUUCAAAUCAUGACAGUAAAUUUCAUCCAAUUUUUCUUUAUUGACAGCUGCUCUACAGUCGUCUUACUAGACACCAGAUAAUUUUCAAAUGUUCAAAAAAAAAACGAAGCACUUUUAGUUCUCUUAAACUUGAAGAGAAAAUUCUACCAUUAGCUAAACAUUUGUGACUGCACCUGUAUUUCACGUUUUCUCUGUUUUUCUUUUCUCAGUUGUCACUACCAUUUCUUCACCGUUGGAAGUGAUUUUUCAAAUCCUUUCACGUAUUUAACGUCAUUUUUUUUUUGAUUCGCAUGAAUUUAAAUUAAUUAUUUAUGUUAUUCCAGGCAUGCUAAAUAAUUUGAAAAAAAAAUUAUUAGUGUUAGGUUAGAAAUUCCGACAUUUAACGGCUGUUUUAAGCCGCUUUUCAUGUUUUCCGACCGUUCAGUGGUUUUUUAUUUUAUUCCAGACAUUUGACGUAAUUUUUUAAAUUUUCAAUGAAUUUGAAUUAAUAAUUUAUGGUAUUCCAGGCAUUUGACGUCAUUUUUUCGGUUUCCCACAGGAAUUUGAAUUAAUAAUUUUUUGGUAUUCAGGCAUUCUAAAUAAUUUUUUAAUUUUUAUUCCACUAUUUUUGGAGUGAUUUUUCCGUUAUUUUUUGGACAUUUGUAACUUUUCACGUUAUUUCGCGCAUUUUCAAUUUAUUCCUGUCAUUUCACCAAUUUUUUGAAUUGCUUCAGGCGAUUGAAGCAAUUUUUCAGGUUAUUUCAGGCAUGUUUUUUAUUUUUCUGGAGUAAUUUUUUUUUACUCUGGAGAAAUACUGGUUUUCCAGUCAUUUAAAUUAAAUUUUCGUAUUAUUCCAAGCAUGUCGAGCCACAUAAAAUUAAAGCACAGAAAAUUUCAAUGAAAACUUUUCAAUUUUUUUUUAAAUCAUUUAAAAUUUCUCUUAUAUUUAGAAGUUCUUGAAUGAAAAAUUUCCAUUAAUAUCCGGAUCCAGUUUCUUUUUCUUUCCGCUUGAAAUAAAAAGAGAAAACCUACUUCUCAGUAACCAUGUGCACAGACAUCUCAGAACUGGAUGUUACCACAAAAGUGUUUUAACUUUGAAUAUAACGGAAUCGUAAAGGCUAGAUCUCCAUCCAGUCAAAUGAUAUUGAUAAUGUUUGCAACAAUUUUGAUUCUUUAUACAGAUUGCAUUACUUUUUCUAUUCUGCUGGUCGUUUGUAGAUUUCUGUCCAGAAGAAAAAUAGAACAAUAAAAUUAAAUGUUUCUACUAUUUCAGUUGAUGAAUUACGCACCAUAUUGCGUUUGCGUGUUAGUUUUCUAGGAAUAAAGUUAACAAAUGACUUUUUUUCUUCAGAUUUUGGAAUUUUAUCGAAAGAAAUGCUUUAAUACGCCUUGAAACGUUUCGAGGAAAAUAUUAAAGAUUCUGCCCUAAAUUACUGAAAGAAAGGCAAUAUAAGUAAAAUAAAAUCAAUUUAGUCAAAUUUGUCCCUUAACUGUGCCAGGAAGAAAAUGACAUUUUUAUACCAGUCAUUAUAUAUAAAUCAUGAAAGUCCAGUCUAUUUUUUUUUAUUAUAUUCAGAACUUACAGUUUUGAGAGAGUAUUACACCAAAGUUUCCACGUUAUUUUACUUAAGAAAAGGAUAUAAUAUAAAUAAAUAAUUUCAUCCUUGGCAAUAUUUUUUUCUAACAGAAUAUUUCCAGAGAUGCAAUUACAUUCUAAUCCUUACACUAUUAGGAAACGUCAUUAUAUUUCCAUACUUGGCAUUAUCCAAGCGUAAUAAUGCCAAGCAUGGAACCUAAAUGUUUGGUACUAUACCAGUAAACUUACAGUAGGUACUCUAUAUAGCAAAAAAAUCAUGUCCAGUCACUGUGUACAUUUGUCCUUUAUUAUUAUAUUUCUAUAUUUUACUGUUUGUCUAGCUUUUAUGUAAGAAGAGGUUUUUCUUUCAAAGGUAAUAUUUAAAUUUGUUAUUACAUUAAUAGUGUUUAUAUAGGAAAAUAAAUAAAACUCCUUAAAAAAAAC